AUGGAAAAUUCAGAUGAAGACACAGACUUGGACCCUAGAAUCCAAAUAGAAUUGGAAAAAUUAAAUACAACUACAGAUGAAAUCAAUAAAUUAGAAAUAGAGUAUGAUGAAGAAAAUAAAACUUUUCGUAUGCUUCUGAAUGAAUGUACUAGACGGCUUAAGGUACUGUCAAAAAAAUUAGGCAACUGUAUAGAAAAGGCUCGACCUUACUAUGAACUAUUAGAAGUUGCUAAAAAAGCUCAACAGGAGUGCCAAGAAGCAGCUGCAUUGUAUAAAAAAGCUCACGGAAUACAUGCUGCAGCUAAAGAAACAGUGGCCCUAGCAGAGCAACAAUUUUUAACGAACCAACACGAAUGGCAGUUUGAUAAUGCUUGGCAAGAGAUGCUCAAUCAUGCUACUAUGAAGGUUAUGGAAGCGGAAACGAAAAAAGCCGAAUGCGGACGUGACCAUCAACGAAAAGCAAUCGCCUUCAAAGAACUAGAGGAAAAACUGAAAUCUCAAGAAGAUAAACUUCACAAAACUAUAAUUAAAGCUCGUCCCUACUUUGAUGAAAAAUCGUUAUGUCAAGACCAGUUAAAUACUCAGAAAACCCGCAUAGGAAGUCUCAAACAAGAGAUUUUAAAUUCGAAGCAAUUCUACUCUCAAACACUAAAGAACCUCGAACAGAUUUCCAACGAAAUUCAUAUGAAACGACAAGGAAAAAAGCAGGAGAAUGACAUGUUACGUGGACCCAGGGAACCAGGUGUCGGUGCUGAAUUAACUUCAAACUUCGAAGAGAUACCGCUCACCAAACAAUAUGCCUCACUGCCUGACAUAUCUACUGAGCUCGACAAGUACGAUGGGUGCAGCAGUGGUAUUGCCAGCUCGACGGUUAGUGAAAAAGAUGAAUGUGAAUCAAUUGUAGAUAAUGUCGAUACUGUAGUUAGCAAAUUAGAUCAAAUUGGCAUUAGACCUGUCGAGGGGACUAGUGACAAUAGGUUUGUUUCGGAGUUUUAUUUGGGAAAGUUAAAAAAUUGA